GCAGUAGAUACAGUACAUGCAUUUAGUUUAUCCACAAAUUAAUCACUGCGAUGGUCAGUUGGAAUUUAAUCUCAGUUUUGGGAGGGCUUUAUCUGGUUCCACAAGGAACCUCUUCAUUCCCAUACUCCAGUACAGUCAGGAUCUGGUUCCGGUUGCAUAUGCAUUAUCCUCUUCCUGCUAUACUUUCAGCUUGGAUCCCAUAUGGUCCAAAAAAAAACGGAUGACACAAUCAACAAAAUAUGGUCAUGAAUUCAACCAUCCAGUGCGUGUGUGUUUGCAUUCAUAUAUCUUUCUCGGGAAACUAUAAAUUUUAAAUCUUUUUUUUUUUUUUUUCAAAUAGUCUCAACUUGGAAAAUCGAUCAUGUUCAUCCAAAAAAGGUCCAUGCUUCGUGUAUAAAAAGGACAGUGGCACCAUACCAAUUUAAACAGACAAAAUAAUCGGUGAUAGUUAAGAGUGAAAGCUAACGAAACAAUCAAGUGUUCUUACUGUGAAAAAAUGGCUACUUCCGCAGGUAGAGGAGGAGCUCAGACCCUCAACUCCAUGUACUUCAAGCCAAUGCUGAGGAAAGCCUUCCACAGAAAGAGCGGUUCGCCGGACAUGAUAACGGACACUGCGAAAUUGAACGGGGAAGAGGUGAAGAACAGCCGGUGUGGCUUUCCGGCAAAUUAUCAAGAGGGCAGUUGGUGGGUACCUGAUGAUCGAACUGGCAUCUUUUACCCAAAGGGCCAAGAAAAAGUCAUGGAAAAUGUCCCAACUGGAGCAGCAAAAGAUAUUGAGCCAAUUAAUUGGUUCUCUUAUAAUCAUGAUUUGUGACUAACACUCAAUUUAUUAUGUUUUCCCCAUCAUCAAUAAUCAAUUUCCCUUGUAUGAAUCCUUCUGUUUUUAUUUUGUAUAUUGUACAAUUUGAUUAAGU